AUGCAGCUGUCGCUUGCCCUUCUAGCCACGGUCAUCGGCCAGGCGGCCGUGACGACAGCUUCCGUUCUCGCACCUCCAGUGCUACCGCUGAUUGUCCGUAACCCCUAUCUAAGCACUUGGCUGGGCGACGCCCGUGAGGCACCAUGGGCAAAAUGGCCCAUGUUCUACACUGGGGAGGAAAUAGGCCUCGCCGUGCUGGCUCAUGUACCAAGCCAGGGCGCGGUUUAUCCUCUAGUGGGUAAACCGCAGGAUUCCCUGGGUUCAAAAGGAGGGUAUAAAGUAAAAUACCCGGAGUACCUCGGGCAUAAUUAUGAUGCCUCCACGACGAAUUUGACUUAUCGCGUCGACACUGAGAGUUCGACGCCUCUCGAGAUUACAGUCUCUUUUCUCUCUCCCAUUACGCCAACAUCGACUCUGCGGCAGUCUAUUCCGGCUUCUUAUGUUACAAUAGACGUUAAGGGUGAGGUCGACGUUAAUGUCUAUAUUGACAUUGAUGGGCGUUGGGUCAGUGGAGAUGCUGGAUCUCGAAUCAACUGGAAUUGGGACACUGUAAACGUCGAAAAUCAGAUAGACAAGAAACCCAGUCUCCAAAGAUGGCAAAUUCGGAGAGAGAAUGAAGCUUUACUCUCUGAGAUCAACGAUCGUGCUGAAUGGGGUACCCUUCAUUUCACAGGACCGACCAACGCCCAAUAUGAAUCCGGAGAAGCUGGAAACGUGCGACGAAAGUUCGCUAGCGCAGGUACCCUGGGUAACGAAAAUGACAAGGAUUUCCGAGCCAUUCGAGACCGGUCGCCUGUCUUUGCAUUCUCCAAGUCAUUCAGCCUUGGUCGCACAUCAGCAAAGACAUCGGAUAGCGUUACUUUCACUAUUGCCCUCAUUCAGAUACCGGUUGUUCAAUAUGCGUCGGCUCGCGGGUUGACUCUCAUGCGACCUCUCUGGGAGUCUUGGUUCCCAACUACAGAGGAGCUGCUAACCUUCCACUACAAUGAUCACGCAGCGGCUGGUUCCCUGGCUGCGAACUACUCAGAGCAAGUGGCCGAUGAUGCAUACCUCUCUGGUGCCGAUGACUACGUGGAUAUUGUCGCGCUUAGUGCUAGACAAGUUAUGGGCGCUACGACUUUCUCCGGCACCCCAGAAAACCCCAUUCUGUUCUUGAAAGAGAUCUCGUCCAAUGGUAACUUCCAAACUAUUGAUGUUAUCUUCCCGGCAUUCCCGUUCUUCAUGUACACCAACCCACGCUGGUUGGCGUACCUGCUUGAGCCACUGAUUGAGCAUAUGCUGAGUGGACAAUACCCCAACAACUAUGCUAUGCAUGAUUUGGGAACCCACUUCCCCAACGCAACUGGUCACCCAGAUGGUAAUGAUGAGUAUAUGCCCGUGGAAGAAUGUGGAAAUAUCUUGAUCAUGGGUUUGGCAAUUGCAAAUUCGUUGCAGUAUGAGGAGUCAUCUGAGGCUGCAUCUAUGUGGUCUACACAGGGCUCUACCUCUUCGGGAUACACUACCAAAGAUUCUAGCGUCUUCCCAUUGAGUGACCUCCAGGUACUUUCUGGAAUUACACACCAGGAUGGUAGAUGGGGUGGUGGUGUGGCGGGCAAGAACCUUGCUGAGAAAUGGGUCAAGCGAAGCUACCGUCUUUGGAAGCAAUGGACUGGGUAUCUGGUGGAAUUUUCCUUGGAACCAGCCAACCAACUCUCAACCGACGACUUCGCGGGCUGGUUAGCACUCCAGACUAACCUGGCCUUGAAGGGUAUUGUGGGCAUCAAUGCUAUGAGCAAGCUUGCUGAGCUGACUGGACACGAUUCGGACGCCUCAUACUUUAAGAACAUUGCCGAUAAAUACAUUGCCAAAUGGGAAGAACUUGGCAUGUCCCGCGACGGUACACAUGCUAAGGUAGCAUACGAUUGGUACGGCUCCUGGACCACAAUCUACAACCUGUACGCAGACGCUCAGCUCUGCUUCCACCUGGACGGAGCCGAUGAUGCCUCAAAUGAAUCACCCGGCUUUGUUCCUCGCCACAUUUACCAGAAGCAGUCAGUGUGGUACCACUACGUGCGUCAGAAGUACGGUCUUCCCCUCGACAGUCGACACCUCUACACCAAGACCGAUUGGGAAUUCUUCUCAAUGGCAGUAGCCUCGAAGCCUGUUCGUUCCGAAAUCCUUGAAUCUGUCGCGCGCUGGGUCAACGAGACUGUGACCGAUCGACCCUUCACGGAUCUUCAUCAGACAGAGGGCGAUGGCAAUUUCCCUGGACCUAACUUCUUCGCACGACCCGUUAUCGGUGGUCAUUUUGCGUUCUUGGCUUUGGAACGUGCAUGUGGAGGCCGAGCUAUGCCUGGAUUGUCGUUCUUGGACGAGGUAGAUGAUGAGACUAUGCAGGUUUGGAGUGAGAGCGCCGAGGCUGCGGCCGCACAGAUUUCUGAUCCUUGGAAGUAUCACCAUGGACCAUAUGGAGAUCUGUAG